UCUUAUUGGGGUUUGGGCGCAAUAAGGAAGUUGUCAAGUGAAACUGUUUUUUUCCAGGGUAGAUGAGCUAAGUGUCCUAUCAGUGGGAGAGGCGAAGCGUAGCCCGUGGAGGCAAGAGGGCCGGCCCUUGGCUGUCCGGAUUGGCUGUCCAUGAGCUCAGCUCCCGGGAGAUACGCUAUAUAUGACCAUAUAUAUAUAUGACCAAAACAUCUUCUGACACACUCUGAAAAUCGCCAGCAGCAAAUAGCAGCGUCUUCUCCCUGGGAGAGCUGGACCUGACCCUCAUCAGACACAACCUCCAGCCAACAGGGAGCAGUGCCUAACCCAGAGCCUCUGCUCUGGGGAUCCCAGCCCAGGGUGGCCCAGGACAGGAGCGACCUCCGAGGGCUGAGCCCCAUGGAGAGCCCGCGGCGCCCCAGGAAGCCGGGGGCAGACAGGAGAACCAAGUCUCUGGACAGGCUGCACGCCCCCAGCAAAGACUCGGAGGCACGGGACCGCGGGGGCCGCUCCCCGCCUGCCGCCUCCUCCAGGACGGCGCUUCGCCGGGCGGCCAGCGACGGGGCCCGGCGUCCGGAGAGCCCGGCCGGCUCUGCGGAGCCUCAGGGCAGCGCGGCCGCAGCCCCCGCUCUGGAGGAGGCCAGGGAGUCUCUCUCCCGCGAGCAGAGGCCGCCACAGGACACCAGGAAGGACAAGGGCCAGCGCCGGGCCCAGCAGGGGUGGCUGAAGGCAGUGCUGAACUUCUUCCUGGGGACCGGCCCUGAGGAGCCCAGGGAACGGGCCAGCAGGAGGCCGAAGGGGAGGGAGGGCCUCCCCCAGCCCACGGAGCCCCCGCAGGCGCCCGGGGAGCCAGCCCUCAGGAGGAGAGCCCACGACAGGAAGGCCGGCCGCAGGAAGCAUGGUCGGAAGAGACACGCAGCCGAGGACACCAAGGGGGCUGACGCCGAGGCAGCUGCCGCCCCGCCCUCCAGGGAGGCCGACCUGGGCCCAGCCCGCGGGGGCGGGGAGGGCUCUGGGCCCCACCAGUCCUUGCUCGCUGAGGAGGGUAGUGCUGCCGCCUCGGACGUUUCUCCCCAGGCCGCCGGUCAGCAGCGAGAAGACGAGGUCAAAAAGCCUGACCAGGAUGCUAUCAUCAAGAGGAUAGUGGAAUUGCUCAAAAGAGCGGGAGACCAGUGGGAAGAAGAGCAACUUCAAGAGAUGGCCCUGCAAAACCCAGCGCCAGUCUCUAGGAAGAAAUCCCACGAGAAAAAGUCCAGCUGCAAGAGAGCCUUUUCUCUUAAGAAACACAGCUCUGAAGAGCCCAAGAGGCUGGGCACUGCAGAUGUUUCCGGCCCCGAGGCCCGGCCGCCCAAGAGGCCCAGCUUUCUGCCCCUGGCCCUGUGCGUCGGUGGCCAUCGGCCUUCCAUCUCCAGCAGCCUUGGCUUGGAGGAACCUGAAGCCGAAGGGGCCCUGCCUCCGGACAGCGGGGGUCCCAGUCCCGUCGAGCUUUCCACCCACCCGGGAAGCCCGGGACCCGACGGGGAGCCGCAGCUGGACAGAGCCUCGGAAUACAGAGAAUUCAUCCAGAAGAUCAUUGCCCUGCUCCAGGAUGCAGAGGAGCAGCCGGGAGAGAAGCAGCCUCAAGUCCAGGAGGUGGAAGCGGCUGUAGAAAACCCGGCCCCACCCUGCCGGCGGAAAUCUCAGGAGAAAAAGUCCAGCCUCAAGAGAGGCUUUUCCCAUAAAAAACACAGCUCCAGGAAGCCCAAGGGAGCAGGGGCUGCCAGCCCGGAGGCCCAGCGACACAAGAGGCCCAGCUACCUGCCCCUGUGUGUCGGCGGCCAUCGGGCCUCCGUCUCCAGCAGCCUCGAUCCAGAAGGUCUCGAGCUGCGGGAGCCCUCACCUGCCGACGGGGGGCCGGCUGGGACCUCAGAAGCACCUUCCCAGGCCAGAAGCCACAAGCCAGAAGGGGGACCUGAGCCGGACGCUGCAUGCGAAUCCAAGGAGCUCGUCGUCCGGCAGCUGGUGGUGCUUCUCCAGGAGGUGGACGGCCAGCUGGGCCGGCAGAUCAGACGACACCCCAGCUUUAAGAGAUUUUUUUACGAGUUCUCAGACUCCUCCCUCAGCAAGCUGGUAGCCACCCUGCGCAGCCAGGUGGCCCACUCCUCUGAGCUGCACAGGAACCUCGCCAAGAGACCCUACCAGUUUGGUUUCGGCUUGACUAACAAGUUUUGCCACAAGAGCCACGCCUUGUCUAUCCUCAUGGGCUUCAGAGGCCACGACAGUUGCACCCAGUUCCCAGACAAGGAGUCCCAGCCGAACGUCCCAAGUCCUGGAACUCAAAGUCCAGAUUGAAAGCUGUGCCUCGUGCUAGAUUUCCCUUGAACUGGCCGCACAAUUGGCAGCUUUAGCCAGGAGACCCUGAAGAUGCUCCCUGAUGCCCCAAUCCCAUGCUUCACAAAGAUGGCUGGAGACAAGAGCAGACAGCUACUCUGUCCACACGCCGUCGUCUGAGAAGGCACACAGCACUUUUCCACGGGGCGAGAUGCGGAGGCCGUGGGAGGGGAACUCUUGCAGCAGACUGGAAGUCCCCCUGCCUCAAACCUCCUGCAAAGACCUUGACCACGUCCCCUCUCCUCUCUAGACCCUGGAUUCUAGACUGUCAUUCAGAAGGCUUACUGACAUUUUCCCAGAUAUUUUAACUAAGUCCAGUUUUUAAGAUAAUUUUUAAUUUAAUCUCUAACCAGAACAUCCACACACAAACAGAUGUGCACCUAUGGGCAACACAUCAUUUAUUCAAUUGGCCAACAGUGCUUAAUGCUCACAUGGAUUUAUAGAUGCCUCCCAGGAACUCUGCAGGCCCCAGAUGGGAAAGGCCACGGGGACUCCUGGUCUCUCAGAAUCCUUCUAACUCUGUAUCCUGUACGUCUAUGACCAGAGAAAUGAAACUGAUACCUUUUACCUCUUA